UAAACCAAUCCACACGACACCAUUUAUAAACCACUUCUUCAUGUAUCCAUUUUAGACCUUCAAAACCUGGUUUAAGCUUUAACUCCCUAUUUUUCUCUCCGGGGCACUCGAGCCAAGAACCAUGUCUGGCUCGAAAGAUGGAAAUGAUGAUGAUAACGAGGCGGUUACAAUGUAUCCCAACUCGACAAGUGUCAAUAGUAGGAUCUUAUUCAUUGCAAUUAUAGUUUUAUCUACUGUUGUGGUGCUUGUAACCAUGUUACACAUAUACACAAGGUACAUACUUCGACGCCAAGCGCGUCGUAGAGUGGCUCUUCAGGGCAUAGGGCUCAUAGCUCGUAUCCACUCUGACGAGCCACCCAGAAGGGGACUUGAGCCCGAUGUUAUAUCGUCUAUCCCUAUACUCAUGUAUAAGAACAUUGGUCAUGGCCAAGAGUCACAAGACAAUGAAUGCGCGGUUUGUUUAAGCUCAUUUGAGGAUGGUCAGAUGAUCAGGGCUUUACCAAAUUGUAAGCACCAUUUUCAUGCUGAGUGCAUUGACAAAUGGUUAGGCUCACAAACUAGUUGUCCUAUUUGUCGCCAUGAGGUGGAGCUGGGUCCCACCCUUCUGCCAUUGCCUCGCGAGCCUAGUACUAGGCUCGCGGACGGGGUGAGUGCACCUUCUGCUCCACCUCUAGAACCGACAAGUUUUGUUGGAGUAGCUAAGGAAGGGACUUCAGACGGGAUGGCGCAAUCAUCUUCCAAAGUUACUGGAACAAGCUCGAGAUUGGGUUCUUUUCGAAGGAUGAUAAGUAUGGACCGAUCUUCAAGACGCAAUAAUUCGUGUACGCAAGAUGGAAUUGAAGAUCUUGAAAGACAAUAAGCCGAUAAGUACUGCAACAUUCAUUAUACGUGAAACUAUACGUCUAUACUUUUUGUUUGGAUUUGUAUGAUUUCGUUAAAUAUAUCUUUGUGUGAAUAGUAUGGAUAAGUUACUAUACGUCGACAAAUUUUGUUUGGGCUAUAUCUUGUGCAUGUCUAAUUACCUUAUAAUGAACACUUCCAUGUUGAUAUAA